AGGAAGAGGUACAGAGCUUAUUGCGCCGACUAAUAUCGCUGUUGAACGAAAGUACCGAUUGCCAGCCAUUGCUUUGGCUAGGCGUUCGCACAUCAUUUGGCACAGGGGCUGCCACCACGUUGCCACCACUCAUUUUCAAGAGUUCACUAAUGUGAGAAGUGCACCUGGAAAAUAUGGGAGCAAUACGCAUUGAGAACACAGUAUGUUUCUCAAUUAUUUACAUGGUCAUACUUUCUCCAGGAAUGUACCAAGAACGACCGAAGUCUGAAAAAGUUCGUGAAGUGUGUCACACCACGCAAUGCCAGAAGAAAGCGGAACUGAUCCAAGGCCUUCUGUCUGAGAAGACUGAUCCAUGCGAUGACUUCUACGACUACGUUUGCGAAAAAUGGAUCAAAGCAAACCCAAUUCCUGAAGAUAAAAGCUACUACGGUAUAUUUACGAAGCUCGGCUUAGAUCUUCAGAUGGAACUGAAAGAUAUACUGGGCAAUACAACGGCGAUGUUUGAGCGACCAGAGGCGGCACCCUUAAGAGAAAAGAUAUUUAAUGCGUAUAGGUCCUGCCUGAAUCCAGAUGUACCGCAAGGCGAAAGUUUUGAAGCCCUACAAGGUCUCAUGUCCGGGGUGGGCCUCGCGGUGUGGCCUGUUUUCUCGCCAAGUGUAAGGGUUCCUAAGUGGCAAGAUACCUUUCGAAAUAUUUUCGUGAAACUGGGACUAAGUCCUAUAUUCAGCGUGGGCGUUGCUCAAGAUUUAAAAGAACCUACGACGUUCACGCUACAGAUGGACCAACUGACUUUUGGCGUAGUCGGCAGAAACCAGUUUCUUAACCAGACUGAGGAGGUCAACCGUCAGAUAAUCGCGGCAUACAAGGAGUACAUAAUGGGUAUCACCAAACUGGUAACAAGUGGUGGUAUCAGUCACCAGAAGCUUCGAGCCUUUGCGGAUGACAUAGUGGAACUAGAGACUGAGCUGGCGAAGAGAUCCCGUGCUCAGGAGGAGAGACGAGACUUCACUGCCAUGUAUAAGAAAAAAACAAUAUAUGAGCUGGAGAAAGAGUUGCCGCAGGUAAACUGGUUGGACUUUUUCAACAGCAUGCUUCGGGAAGUAAACAUCACCGUCAACGAAACAGAACCGGUAGUGGUGCUCGAAAUGGAGUACUACAAAUCCACAUUGGACUUGCUCACCACAUUUGACAAGGUAGCUCUUCAUAACUACUUUGGCUUCAAGGUCGUCUCUAGUCUGGGACCAGACACUAGCGAGAAAUUUCGAUACCUCUUGUUUGAGCUGAAUAAGGUUGCCGCAGGAGUGAAACAAAUGCAAGAAAGAUGGAUGUGGUGCAUUCAGGAACUACAGUUCAACGCAGAUAACGCACUGGGGCGAAUAUACAUCGAGAAGAAGUUUAGCUCCGACGCAAAAAGAGAAACCGUCACACUAGUGAAGGAGUUAAGGCGGACUUUCCAUACCCUAAUCAAAACGAAAAAAUGGAUGGACAAGAAGACAAAGAAACAGGCAUUGAAAAAGGUCGACACACUGGGAAGCAAAAUAGGUUACGCCGAGUGGCUGAUGAACGACACGCACUUAGAAACAAAAUACAAAUACAUCAAGAACUUCACGGUGGACACGCCGUACGUGGAAAUAAUAGCUAACUUCUACGAAAAUGAUGUAUUGCUUUCGAUGGAACGCCUGCACACCUACUACAACAAGACAAUUGAGUGGGUCAUCGGACCGGCCAUCGUGAACGCCUUUUAUAAUCCAAACAACAACGACGUCUCGUUUCCAGCCGGUAUUCUUCAACCCCCCUUCUACGAGUAUGGGAUACCUUUAUCUUUAAACAUGGGUGCAAUGGGGUCUGUUAUUGGUCACGAGAUAACCCACGCUUUUGAUGACACUGGUAGUCAGUUCGACGCCAGUGGAAGGUUACACAACUGGUGGAGCAAGCGUACGAAGAAGGCAUUCAAUAAGGGAGCACAGUGUUUCAUAGAUCAAUACAAGAGUAUAAAAGACAACCAGACAUCGCUAUAUCUAAAUGGUGUUAACACACAAGGAGAAAACAUCGCGGAUAAUGGAGGUCUCCUUGGAGCAUUUCUGACAUACAAGCGCCUCACCGGCAGUGCGUACGAGAGCCCAGACCUUGCACUUCCCGGACUGGAGAGUGUAACGGGAGAACAAAUGUUCUUCAUCGCAAACGCCAUUGUAUGGUGUCAUAACACACGAGAAGCAGAGUUGCGACAGGAAAUUCAGUAUGAACCGCAUUCGCCCGCCAGAUACAGAAUCAUGGUGCCUAUGGGAAAUCUGCCUGAGUUUUCGAAAGCGUUUAAGUGCUCGAGUGGAAGUCGGAUGAAUCCUGCAAAGAAAUGUCGAAUAUGGUGAAACACAAUAGCAGCAAAUCAUCACCCGUUAGCCAAGCUCUCCUUAACUCCCUCCUGAAGCGAAUUACCCUACGUCGAUAUCGGACAGAUGACAGGAAAAUAAAAUGUCCUCCCGUU